AUAUCGACAUUAAAAAAAAAAUGUCUUAAAGGGACACUCCCACCUUAACAUUAGUUUUGAGUUGAGAUAGCCAAAUUGGUGGCCAUGGCCUGCAAAUACCGGUUUGGGCACUCACAACAUCGACAAAUGCUUUAAUUCGGAGAUAUGGAAUUUCAAACUUGCAGUUUUCGGAUUCUAAGGGGCUAGUGCAUUGGUAUGCCCCCUUAGAAUUUGUGACGUCAGCGGAGAUCUAACGAUUUUUAAAUCUUUUACUAAAACGUUUGGUAGCACGCGGUGGUAUAUGCUGCUUUGCGCGCAACAAAUGCCGCACUUUCAAAUAAAGUCGCUAGGAUCAGCGGAGAUCCCAAAAAGUAAACAAAAGUAAAAGUCUAAUAUCUUGAAAACCAGUGAAUAUUUUUCGAUGAAAAUUGGUAGAUAUUUGUUUUAGCUCUUCCUGAACCGAGCGACAUCACUUUCGUGCCAAUUCAUUAACUUGUUUGAAGGUGGGAGGGUCCCUUUAAGGUAUCUUGCAGAGGGCCCAAGUUAUAUAAAUAAACAUAAAGACGCUCAUUUUUUUAUGAAAAUUUAUGCUGGGAGAUUAUCAAUUAAAAUGAGUGUCACAAAGUUUGUUAUAAGUUUAACCAACAUUUGCUAAGGAGGCUGCCUUGUUCAAGUUCAAGUCGCCAUCGCCAGGAGCCUGCAGAGUGACAGCUCGGCUGUGUAGCGUGUGAAGAUGGACGAGUCGGCUCUCCUGUACCGUGCCGUCGAGCCGGACGGGACAGACGACACCCGUCGGGUCGUGCUGCGGCUGCCCGAGGGAUGCGACACCGCUGAAGGUGUCAUCAUGCAGAUCGAAGGUGACAAGAUUCGCAUCAUUGCGCAAGGCGACGAGGUGGGUGAGGCGCCGCUCAGUCUCGCCAUGGAGUCCAUCAUAGAGAGCGCUUCGGACACCGUCGGUGAGGACGCCGCGCCUGCUCUGACUGGCUCUGAGCAGCACCGUGAGCAGGAUCAGCAGCAGCACGGAGAACAGGCUGACCUUCAGCCGGACGUAGACUGCGUAGAGGAAAUGGAGGAGCCCUGUGACGCGGCCUGUUUCGUGUGCUCGGGCCCGUGCGGCCGCCCGACUCCUCUGCUGCUGUGUCGGACGGCUGGCAGCGGCGUGGCGCUGGCCGAGAGACUGGCCGCCCUGCUGCCGGUGCGGCUUCACUGCAGCGCUACGGACUGUGUGUGCGACGGCUGUCGGCAACUGAUUGAACAGGCCGACCUGCACCACACCCAACUGAAGGCGGUGGAGCUGCGCGUGCGUCAGCUGUACCGGCUCGAGGAGCGACUGGAGGAGGAGGAGCGGCGUCAGGAGCAGGAGCGCGCGGCCGCCGCGCACCGCCAGGAGCUGCUGGAGCGUCGCCGUCGGGUGGAGCGGUCCCGCCAGCAGGCACAGGAGGCGGACGACGAGCGGUUAAGGCGGCAGAUCGAGCGGCGGCUGAGCAGGGCCGACCGGCGGUCACCAGUCGCCGCCGAUGAGUCCGGUGCUGAGCGGCAGAGGAGGGCCGCAGAUGAGCCGCCACCACCGCCGCCGCCGCCCCCACGCGCCGGAGAUGACCCGACGGACGAGGAUUGGACGCCGGCCAAGCAUUACGCGGACGGUCGGCGUCGCCAGGCUCGCCGCUCGUGGCAGCCGCCGGAGCGGUGCGCACGGGAUCAGCAGGAGGAGACGACGCCGGGCGAUACCACCGAUGAUGCCGCGGCCGUCGCUGCCGGGGCGGCAGCGGCUGGCGCUGGCGUCACGGAGGAAGGGGAAAUAGGCGACCGCUCAGUCGCAGAGGAAACUUCUCAGUUUCAGACGAUGGUAGUAACGGCCGAUGACAGCACGACUGCGGCGGCGGAUGAGGAGGAGCAGGCGGCGGCCGUCUGCCGGGACCCGGACGGCGUUCAGACCACCACUAUCGAGUUUGUCUCCCUCAACUCACCCACCGGCCACCGCAGGGACAGGACCGCACUGCUGAGUGGGGGCGGUGUCAGGCGGCGGCGGAAACCGGCGGCCGUGCCGACAUUCUACUGUCGACGGUUGUGACAAGUCCUUCGAAAAUAGCAGUUCUCUGGUGGAGCACAUCACCACGCUGCACAAACGCCCCUGGUGCCGUCGGUGCCGGUGUGAGUUCGACUCGGCGCCGGAGCUGGCCAAGCACCGACGCCUCUGUCGCAGCCAGUGUAACCUGUGCGGCCUGAGAGUGGCUAACAUGGCGCAGCACAUCCGCACCAAACACCCCUCGCACGGAGAGGACGGCGGGCAGAGCGUCCGAGCGGCGGCAGAGGGCGCGGAGAGAGCCGCCGGACAGGGCUCCAGGCGGCGCCGUCAACCCCGACGAACGUCCCCGACACCAGACGUCGCCAGUGACGCCACCCCGACCGUCAUCGAGUACCGCGACGUCAAGACACUGAGGGAGCAAGUGAAGCACGUCAAGACGCCCCGAAUCAGUCUCAAGUACCGCCGCUCGGUGCUGGAAAACCUGGAGAGGAUCCACCGUCUGACUGUAACCGACCGUGCAGCGACGUCGACAGAGGAGGCACCGGCCGGCGCCCGCAACGAGCGGCCCCACGCGUGCCAGCGCUGUGGCGAGCAACUGGGCUCGCUCCAGGAGCAGAUUGUGCACCUGCACACGGUGCACAAGGGCAAGAGCUGGUGCAAACGGUGCCGGACCGAGUUUCCCGACAAACGGUCCCACCUGGAGCACCGCGCCCGGUGUCGGCGCACCAACGGCACGUGUCACUUGUGCGGCAAGGACGUCAAAAACCUGAAGAUGCACUACCGAAGAACGCACGACUCCGACUGGGGGCGGUCAGAGGCGCUGGUGGAUGUGGACGGAAAACUGGUCAGCGCGUCGCUGGCAGGUGGCCAGUGCGACAUCUGUAAGAAGCACAUCUCGCACCGGCUGAGACGGCACGUGGCCUCUCACGUGCGUCACCCGUGCCCCAUCUGUAAGAAACUGUUCAGCCGAGAGGACGUCAUUGCCGGACACAUCAAGCGGGUUCACAUGAAGGAGCGACCUCACAUCUGCAACCACUGCGGCAAGGGCUUCGUCUCGCUGUACAGCAUGCAGAGACACGAGAUGAUCCACACCAACUCGUACCGCUUCUACUGCCAGGAGUGCGGUGACGGCUUCCGUCAGAAGCAGCAGCUCACCGCCCACAUGCGGCACAAACACGGAGUGGUGGAAAUCGAAUUUGAGGAUGUUCGGGAGUCGACCUUCUUGGGCACCAUCACCGAUGGCACCGUCACCACCGAGCUGAGGUUUUACUGUCAGGAGUGCGGCUCCGGGUUCCACUCCCGGCGUCUGUUGACGGCUCACAUGCGAAUCAAACACGGCGUGGCCAACGUGGUCUUUGAGGACGUCCAGCUGCACGUCGCCGGACCAAUCGAGCACCUGGAGGCGGUCACGGUGACCCCGGAGGAGGGCGUGGCCGCGCUGACGGAGCAGGCUACAGACACGGCCGACUCGACGGCGGGCGAUCCGCGCCAGAGCUGGUGGGACCCCGACCAGCCGGCCACCUACUGAGCCACUGGUGGGACCCCGGCCACCUACUGAGCUACUGGUGGGACCCCGGCCAGCCGGCCACCUACUGAGCCACUGGUGGGACCCCGGCCACCUACUGAGCUACUACUGGUGGGACCCCGACCAGCGGCCCGGCCACCUACUGAGCUAAUGGUGGGACCCCGACCAGCGGCCCGGCCACCUACUGAGUCACUGGUGGGACCCCGGCCAGUUCUGAGCCACUAGUAGGACCCCGGCCACCUACUGAGCUACUGGUGGGACCCCGGCCACCUACUGAGCCACUGGUGGGACCCCGACCAGCCGGCCACCUACUGAGAAUUCACCUUGCGCAUCUCUGCUUCGGCGUCGUCCAACCUGUCGCGACUGUUGACAUGUUUAUGUUGUCAGUUGUUGGCUGUCUGAAUAUGUCUGUACAUUGGUCACGGACUCGUGAACUGCCGCUGGGGAGAAUCCUUACGGUCGGCUAUCGUGUUUUUGUUUGCUUUUUCUCGACUCGGCGCCGUUUGGCGGCGACAUGACUGAAUGACGUGGUUAGUAAUAGAUGUGUGUUUAUCGACAUGAACAAUAUAACGUCUUACUGCAGUCUCAA